CCUCCUCCAACCGCGCAACGACCCAACGCGCUCUCGUUCGCAUGAGGUGGUCUCCAAUCUGGGAGCAAAGCUGCUCCACGAUCUCGGCGUUCUACUCAAAUCAACGCGCCACGGAAAUGUCAGAGACGCGCCUGUCGUCGCGAAUUCGUCGCAUCACAACGAGGUCGCCAUGUUCGCUGAGAAGCGCUCCAGGACCGCAAAGCUACUCGCCUGAGCAAGCGGAAGUAGAUCUGUGCAACGAGUCCCAAGUCAUAUCCGGCUGGAAGUAUGAAGAUCAGGUAAAGGCAAAAAGACAUGUCGAUAGGAACCCUCCUAUGUGAGCAAGUUUGACAGGUACCGUAUUCGGCCUUGGUCAUAGGCUGCAGACGUGCGGUAAAGGGUAUAAGACUCUCGCAACCAUCGCAAUAUUCGAGCAGAGGUACCUAGGGGUGACAACAAUAACAGCAUUAACAAUUGCAUCCAUGAACACCGGGCGGGUCAGAGUUCUGCUCUGCAUGGCCGUGCAGGCGUCCUUUGGCGGCAGCUACUCGGGAGGAUGUGCCUUCACAAGCUCGGAAAAAGGCAUCGGCGUGAUGGAGCUUACGAUCGUACCGAUCUCGCCUAGAUGCUCCCACUGCGAAAAUACUAAAUGCCGAACCCGCUGAGCAUCGCUCGGUGUGCAGCUGACCGGAUAAUAACAAAUCCGUACGAGCAGGUCCAUCUCGCACUCCGAGCGGAUCCAUACGAGCUUAGAAUGCUACCGCCGAGCUAGCCGGCGCAGAACAUUUCAAGGUCGAGAAUCAAAAGCCGCUUGUGCAGCGCUCUCGUGAUCUACCAGAUUGACAUGGAACGAUUGAAUUUCAUGCAUGUGUCCACCUAUGUAUGCUGGCGCAAAUGAUAUCUAGAGAAACAGAAAGGGGG